CUUCCAUGGCUCCUCAGUAUGCACCCAGCCUGCGCUCCCGUCUGGCCCCCCUGCUCUGUCUCUUACAGACGGCCUUCAUUGUCAUAUAUGCCCUUUACGUCGAGCUCGAUCAAAACGUCGAGACAAGCGGAACUACUUUCAGGAUCUUUUACUCAGAGUUCCAGGAUGUGAAUGUGGUGGUGUUUCUGGGCUUUGGCUUCCUAAGCACUUUCUUUGUGCGGUAUGGCUUCAGUGGCUCUGGGUUCAACCUCCUGGUGGCGGUCAUAGCCACCCAGUGGGCAGUCAUCCUCAAUGGCUUUGAGUCCUGGUAUCACAGAGGAAAGAUCAGGAUAGAUCUGAAAAGUUUGGUGGUUGCCGAGAUGUACGCAGCGUCUGCCCUCAUUUCAAUGGGCACAGUUCUUGGGAAGACAAACCCUGUCCACCUGGUGCUCAUCACCCUCCUGGAGGUCUCAGGCUUUGCCCUGAAUGGAUGGCUACUCCAGACAUUUCUGAAGGUUCGCCCUCUGAGCAGCAUCACGCUACUUCACAUCUUUGGGGCCUUCUUCGGACUGACGCUGACGUGGAUCCUGUAUCGGAAAGACUCAGUGCAGCGAUUUGAGAAAGAGAAAUCAGACCGCAAAGCAGGAUUAUUCUGCAUACUGGGGACUGUGUUUCUCUGGAUGUUUUGGCCCACUUUUAACUCUGUCCUUGUGGACCAUCAUGCUCCCGGGAGGAAGCUGGCGGCAGUUUACAGCACCUACCUGGCCUUGGCUGUAAGCGCUGUGACAGCAGCUGCUGUGUCUGUGCUCUCCAAUCCCAAAGGAAAACUCAACCCGGGCCACAUGCAGAGGUGCACCCUUGCUGGUGGUGUUGCAGUUGGCGUUUCCAUGUCAGUCAUUCAUCAGCCUUGGCAAGCCAUGACAAUCGGAUUUGCUGCUGCUGUCAUAUCGACCCUGGGCUUCCGUUACCUUAAGCUCCACAUGCUGCUUGCAUUUGAGUGCCAUGACACCUGUGGCGUUCUGAGUACACAUGGACUCCCUGGUCUACUGGGAUGGCUGGCACAUCUGCUCUUGCAGCUGAUGGAUUGUGACGAUCACACCACGGCAAUCCGGUUUGCUGUAUUUCACAUUUGUACUCUUCUCAUCACCUUAAGUCUUAGUUUGUCCAUGGGAAUCAUUACAGGGUUCCUACUCAAGUGGAACUUCUGGAGACCACCGCAAGACAAGAAAUGUUUUGAUGACCAGGCUUUCUGGGAGUUCCCCCAUCUUGCAGUGCGCAAGUAAGAAGUUGGACGAGAAGUGGAUUAAGCCUCCUGCUGGAAAUGCAAAGCACUUCUGACACUCAUCUCACUGUAUAUAAUUGUAUGCAAUUAUC